CAUGAAAAUAGUGCUGGUUAUUUGGAUGCUAGCUCACUCACUUCAGCCGCCUUAUCAAUGUGAUGCUGUCAUUUUCAAAAUGACCAAUGCAGUAUGUGAGACCUAUAACAAAUCCUGGGUGGAAUUCGGGUUGUGCCGCCUGCGUGCUGUUAGCAGGAAUAAGGUUUGCCUCAAUGUCGAUGCCAAUUUGCUGCAUCCGGUUCACGAUGUCAUAGUCAAGGCCAGAUUGCUGAAGAGGGCCAAUGGCUAUAAGCCUUGGCUAUAUAGCGUCAGUUUCGACGGCUGUCAGUUUAUAAGGCGGAGAAAUAAUGCCUUGAUUCGGAUCGUUUGGGAGCUCUUCAAAGAGUACUCGACGAUCAAUCACACCUGUCCCUAUGUGGGCCUGCAGCAAGUCAAGAACUUCUAUCUCAGGUCCGAGAAGCUGCCCACGCCCAUUCCCACUGGAGAAUAUCUGCUGAUGAUUGACUGGGUGUUCAACAAGAAACCGCAGGCUGCCACAAAUGUUUACUUCACAUUUGUGGAGGACCUAAAAGAUAGUUAACGAAUCAAUCGUUCAGACCAAAAUGUUUAAACUGAACUGUAAUUACAAAAUAAACAAUAUAAGUCUAUAUUGUUUUAGCCGAUG